AUGGGUGAGCCAGAGACUCGAUGUGUAAGAGGCUGCUGCGUGAGCACAACAGUGAAGCUGAACGUGCCUAAGGCAGAGAUAAAGACAGGGCCGCUGAUUGCCAAGGGCCCAGAAAGCAGCGUAUAUGAAGGGUCAUAUUUGGAACAGCCAGUUGCCCUGAAGAAGCCACGAUUGUCAACAUCCGAAGAUAUGGAUCGAUUUCACAAAGAGCUAAAGCUCCUGAGCUCGCUCAAGCAUCCCCACAUCGCCUCGUUGCUUGCUGCUCGAGCUUAUCCUCCCGACUACGUUCUGAUUUUCACCCUUUAUCGUGGAGGGAACCUGCAUGAAGCACUUCACACGAAACAGUGGAAGCCAAGUGUGCUGGAUAUCCUUCGCAUUGGUUAUCAGGCUGCUCAAGCACUGGCGUACGUUCAUUUGUUGGGCGUUGUACACCGGGAUGUGAAACCAUCCAACAUCUUGAUUGAUGACCUGGGCAACGCAUUUCUGUCAGACUUUGGACUUGCUUCACACUCUAGCGAGCUCCAAAAACAUACGGCUGCAAACUGGCAGUCAUCUGGGAAACCAACAGGAGGUUUUCACAAGAAAAACAUGGUUGGAACUUUGAGGUACAUGGCACCUGAAAUCCUCGCGAAGGAUGUCCACACCUUGAAAUCAGAUGUUUAUAGCUUCGGCAUCACGCUCAAUGAGCUUGCCACAGGCGUGAUCCCUUACUCUGACUGUACUACUGAUGUCCAGGCUCACACUGUGUUGGAGAUGGAUUAUUCUGAACAGCAGCUGGCUGCAGCUAUUACCACUUUUAAUCUCAGGCCGAAUGUUCCUGGAAUAAGUGGUCCAGUCACGGAAAGACUGCGAAGCCUCAUUGGGAAGUGCUGGCAUCCGAACAUCAACUUGCGACCUUCAAUGUCAGAUGUUGCGCAUGACAUCGAGAGCAUUCUCUCCGGAAGUGUGCCCUUUCCAAUAGACCACACCCAACAGCCGGGCAUAGUGCACAACCAGCCAGAUCCUUCUCAAGCCUUUCCACCUGAAGAGAUUUUAACUUCCAAGAACACUGUGCUGUCAAGCAAGGUUGUGGACCUUGCCAAGAAGGCAACAGCUCAUGCAUCAGCUAUUUCCAUUGGGUCUUUUGCAACAAGUGGGGCAAGAGAGAAGAUGGAAGAUCGACAUUUUAUCAAGACAUUCACUGUUGCGUCUUCCACAAUAUAUAUGUUUGGAGUGUUCGACGGUCAUCGAGGGUAUGAAGCUGCAGAGUAUUGUGCCCGGAAUAUCCCUGGAAGUGUAAUGGACAAGCUUUCUGAUCUCAGUCCACCCGAGGCUCUCAUUGAGUCCUUUUUGGCAACUGACAAGGCCUUGGAAUUAGAGCUGAGCAAGCAGAGAAAGGCUCGGCCUGACAGUGGAAAGGGGUGGUACCCAGGAUGCACAGCAUGUGUGGCCCUUGUGAUUGGGACCGACAUGUACAUUGCCAAUGCUGGCGACUGCAGAGCUGUUCUGAAGCAGUCUGGAGAAGUGAAGGCACUGUCCCGUGAUCACGUCGCUAGUGACCCAGAGGAGCGCAAUCGAGCAGAAAAAGCUGGUGGUCUGGUGCAGUGGCGUGUCAACACGUGGCGUGUGGGAAUUGCUGGAAUUGAAGUUACUCGGUCACUUGGCGAUCACGACAUGAAACUUGCAGUGACAGCAGAGCCAGAGAUUACCCACCACAAGCUCUCUGAAGACGACGAGUUUCUGGUCAUGGCGAGUGAUGGGCUGUGGGAGAAGUUAAGCAAUGAGGAAGUGGCACAGUACGUGCUAGACACUGUAAAGGAGCCCUCAAUGAGCAGCAAGCGCCUGGUGACAGAGGCAGUGGAUCGGGGCAGUCAGGAUAAUGUCACAGCUAUUGUAGCGUAUCUGAAGAAUGUAUCCACAGUGGAAAGGAUUUACUAG